AUGACUGGUACCUUUUCUGAGCUUUCUGCGGUGUAUCCCAUAUUUGUUUGGCAUGUGGCUAAAUUGGAGAAGGCGCAAAUGACCAUAUUCUAUGCAGGUAAAGUUAUAGUAUUCAAUGAGUUUCCUGCAGAUAAGGUGAAGGAAAUCAUGAUUUUGGCUAGCAAGAAAAGCAAUAGCAACAACGUUUCUUAUGCUAUAUUCCCUCCAAAACCAAUUGAAUCUGCCUCUCAAAUUUUCAAAAACACUUUGAUUCAAGAAUGCUCUCAGAGUCAAUCAUUGUUGAAGACACAUGAAUACUAUUGCCCUGUUGAUUUACCAAUUGCAAGAAAGGCUUCCCUUACAAGGUUUUUGGGCAAAAGAAAAGAUAGGCUGACUGCAAAUGCACCAUACCCGAUAAGAGGCCAAUAUAAUCAGAAAGCUCCUUCCAAGCUAGAAGAAAGCAACACAUGGCUUGGAUUAGGUCAAUUGAAAUCUGAUAACUAA